CGGUUUCUGAUUCGUUGAGUUUACCGUCGUGAAAUUUCAAAAUGGAUAGUUGAUUGCCAUCCCGUCGUCCAGCUGCUCCACCGUGACAGAAACACAGAGGCCGGUGGCAGACCUUUUUAUUAAAAUCUGAGGGAGUCGCUGCGAUGUUGGCAGGGGAGGACGGAGCCCAGCUGCAGUGCUGCGUGACGGUGGAGCAGCUGAACGGCUGCGGCCAAGCCACCCGGAGACAGCUCAUCCGCAAAGCCUCCGUUAUUCUGGGCCGCAACGAGUUCCAGGAGAUCGUCCUCCGCGUGCACGACGGCAAAACGGCCCACAGCUACCUCCUGAAAGAGUUCAGGCUCUUCACCAAGUUCGCAAGUGACGGGAAGUGCAGCGUGAAGCUGCUCCCUGAAAACAUCCAGGUGCUCAUCUCCAACUGUCCUCCUGACCGGCUGAAGCUCUUCCUGAAAACCCUCAGCAUCAAGCACCAGGCCUGGCAGAGCAGCAAGCCUCUGACCGGCAGAGAGAAGCUCAAGGCCGGCCUGCCCCGCAGCUUCGAGGCCAUCAGCCCCCUGCAGCAGAAAGACAUCCAGAAGGUGAAUGAGAUGCGGAGCAGAGCGGCUCCUGCCGGCCCGACAGACCGCACCAACAAGGGGCCUGCUGCGGGGACGGGCCAGCGGGUCAAACGGCCUCGGAGUGAUGCCAGCGGCAGCCCGGUGAAGGGCAACCCAAGUAAGAAAGCCAUCUUUUCUCUCCCCGCACGGAAGCUCAGCAAAGAGCAAGCUGCCGUUCUCAGCGCCGUGCUGAGUGGCAGGAACGUCUUCUUUACCGGAAGUGCUGGUACAGGGAAAUCUUUUUUGCUGAAGAGAAUCAUAGGUUCUCUCCCUCCAAAGAGCACCUUUGUGACAGCCAGCACCGGAGUGGCUGCAUGCCACAUUGGAGGAACAACGCUGCACAGCUUCGCAGGUAUUGGCUCAGGCUCCGCCCCCCUUGAGCAGUGUAUCGAGCUGGCUCUGCGACCCGGCGUGCUGCAACACUGGACCAGUUGUCGACACCUCAUCAUUGAUGAAGUGUCCAUGGUGGAUGCCCAGUUCUUUGACAAGCUAGAGUCUGUUGCCAGGUCAGUGCGGAGGUCCACACAGCCGUUUGGAGGGAUCCAGCUGAUCGUUUGUGGGGACUUCCUUCAACUUCCUCCAGUCUCUAAAGGAAAGGAAAAGGCCAGCUUCUGCUUUCAGGCCAGAUGUUGGCGGAAGGUCAUCCAGGUCAACAUGGAGUUGACUGAAGUGAGGAGGCAAACGGACCAGAACUUCAUCUCCCUCCUGCAGGCGGUGAGGGUGGGCAGGGUGACGGAGGAAGUGACAGCCAAGUUGAUGAAAAGCGCCUACCAUCAGAUAGAGCGGGACGGGAUCCUGGCCACCAGGCUGUGCACACACAAGGACGACGUGGAGCUCACGAAUGAGAACAAACUCCAGCAGCUGCCAGGACCCCUGCGGGCGUUUGAGGCCCUGGAUAGUGACCCGGAGCUGGUGAGGACCAUAGAUGCUCACAGUCCAGUUGGCAGACUGAUCCAGCUGAAAGUCGGAGCCCAGGUCAUGCUGACCAAGAACCUGGAUGUUGCUCGAGGUCUGGUGAAUGGAGCUCGAGGAGUAGUGGUGGCGUUUGACUCGGGAAAACAAGGAUUCCCGUGUGUGCGCUUCCUGUGUGGGGUCACAGAGGUGCUGAAGCUGGAGCGCUGGGUGUUUAAGUCCGCUGGAGGCAUCUAUUUAAGCAGACAGCAGCUGCCGCUGAAGCUGGCCUGGGCCAUCUCCAUCCACAAGAGCCAGGGAAUGACUCUGGACUGUGUUGAGAUCUCUCUGGCCCGGGUGUUUGAGAGUGGCCAGGCCUACGUGGCGCUGUCCCGAGCCCGGAGCCUGGAGGGUCUGAGGGUCAUGGACUUUGACCCCCACGUUGUCCGGGCAGAUCCAGACGUUCUCCUCUACUAUAAGAAGCUGAGGAAGGAGAAGCUGCUCAUGCAGGCCUCCAUGGAUGACUUUAUCUCCAAUAACAAAGAAAAUGCCUGAGGAACAUCUGAGGAACAUCUGCAUCUCCUGAACCAUCAUGCACUGUGUGCACCACUUAUUUUGUUACAUACCUCACGCUUAACUCACUGGCUGAGUUUGACUGCCACCUGCUGUUCAUUACUGCAACCUGUUUUGUCGAGACUUUGCUUUUAAUCAUGGCAUGAUUUUUUUUAAAUUUAUUUAUUGUAGUUUGUACUGAAAUAAAAUUCUAGCCCUAUAACUUUAAA